AUGUCAUCAAUUCACACAUUCUUAUCAAUUUCAACGCGGGAGAAUAACGACGAGUAUGUGGAGUUCACAGAUUACUUUGGAUCACACGCUUUCUUAUCCCAUGUGUGGACGAAGCAGCUGUCAUCGAGCGAUAUAGAGAAACAGCUGUCACACCUCCCACCAUUCAGGAUUCAAGGCGAUUUAAUCGAAUUUGAGACCCAACGACGCGUAGACGGUAGUACGUUUAAACCUACAGGUCGUUAUUGUAGUUGGAAUAAACUUUCGCAGCUCAAUCCAGGCGUUGUGAGGCCACAGCCUGAUCCGCACUUUUUCACUGCCACCAGCGCAUGUAAAGCCCCGACCAGUCAAUUCAACGCACACCCUAACGGGAAGCAGAAGCGUGAGAGGCUGGAGAAGCAAGUGAAGCCGGUGCAAGCAACCGUAGCAGCAUCAGCACCAGCUAAAGCUAGCGGGGCAUCGCGGUGGGCUGGGAUGGAUAGCGCGGUUGUGGAGAAUAAGUUGAGUAAGGAGAGCAAGCAGCCUGCUCUUAUCAAUCGGUUGAGUAAGAAUGUCCGCGAGAGCGGGGAGAAGCACGCGCAGCACACCGACACACAAUCCCCACAGCCCUCACGGCACACAGACUCUCAAACUAACGUGUCUCCAGCCCCGAACCGGGUGACGGCGUCGAGCGCGACGUCGAACGGCCAUACCAGCGACAGACCACUUUCGCCUCACUUGGUGCAGCGCAGCGACGCGAACAACCAGAACAACGUAAAACCAAGAAGGCUGUCUUUGAAUAGAUCGAGCAAACUGAAUUGUGGUGGUGGUAAUUCUAGUGAAAAGGAAGGUAGCACGACAAGCAUAGAUAGCAGUUCGUCUCGAUGGGCAUCAGUCACACCUACACUUACUUCUCCAUCGACUGUACACGAGAGCACGUCUAAGAGUACCCCAUCAGUCCCGCUUAAGCUUCCGCCUUCUGGACCGAGAGGUGUGGGUGUGAUAAAUGGGCAUGGCAAGGUUGAAAAGGACGAUAAUGAUAAUAGCAACGAUAAUAAUGAUAAUGCCCACAAUGCACACAAUGCAUACACCAAAGGACAUGCUAGACAGGGAUCCGUAAACGAGUUGCUGCUCCGAUUGCGUGCUGCGACGCUAUCUGAAGGUGGAGUAAGUGGAGUGGAUACAUCGAAGGAGAGGAACGUACAACCUCAACAUAUUCAGCGCAAUAAACGUACUCAACAUACCCAGCAUGCUCAUAUGCAGACCCCGCGCCGACAAUCCCAGACUAAGCCACACCCACAACCACAAUCAAGCCGAAUAUCACAAGCAAACAGUGUACAAACAACCGGAGAGAUUGGAGCAAGAGCAAGCAAGUAUGCAUCGGAUGAGAUGGCAGUGGAGACAGAAGGAAGAGGUGCACUUGUACCAGUGACGAGAGGGCAAAGAACGCAGCAGGAACCUCGUAGCGCACCGAGAGCACCCAAGUCUAUGCGUCGGAAUAAUCCUGCAUCUGCAUUUAUUCCUACACGUGCACCUUUUGCACAGACUACUCAACCUGCACCACCUACUCAACCUAUUCAGCCUGCUAAACUAGCAGCGCCACACCACCCCCAUCAAAACCCCUUGCUAAAACACAAAACAUCACUCGCCAGCCAGGUAAGCUGGGCAGAUGACGACGACCUCGAUGAAGACCUGCCGGAUAUAACGUGUCUCAACCAGCGACCGUAUAAAGAGAGAUAA